AUGCCUGCCGAGCAAAACACUUGCACUAGAAACAACAAUGAGACUCCUAACGUGGAGCCACGUCAUCGUCCUCUUGCUCCUAGGCACAACAAUUCUCCAAUGACUGGUUCUCAGAGAGUGCCAACUCCUUACCCUUCCUAUCUCCAGACACUAGAAGAACAUUUCACAGCUGGAAUAAUAGAGAUGCCAGUUCCUAGGCAACCCAUUCUAAGCUUCCCUGCCCAGCAAGAACCUGACAACUCUUCACUAGAAUUCCUUGACAAAGGAGGUUUCCACUAUCCAUUCACACCCCUGCCAAAUGUCACUUGUCGACCAUUCCUGAUCCCAGGACCCCCUGAAUCUUCCAACAGCGAUGCUAUAGUCUUACAUCAAUUCCCUGGACCACUGGAGGUUCCUCACAAUACCUCAGAAGCAUCCACUGGAUCUUACCACAUUGCCCCUGCACAGGUAUUCCCAUCCUUGUUGCCUAUGAACACCUCAUCCUCCCCAAACCCUGAUAGUCCUCCCACUGCAUCUACUGAUUCUCCCAAUAUGCCACAUCUUGCCUCUGAUGUAUCUGACAAUGGUAGCCUUGAUCACGCCCCUAACCUGCAGCUACUAGCCAAUGUCAGUGAGUACAUCACAGCAUCAGAAGGACACAGCAGUGACCCCCAGGAGUUUGAGGUCUACAGUGAUGACAUAAUCCAGUGCCCCUCUAAUGAUGUCACUCAAUCCUGGCGGUCCAUCCCUUUCAACACCUCUACCCCUGUUCAAGAUGUCAAUCCCUUGGAACGUGUAUUACCCCAUUUCCCUGGAGCUUACGCCAAUUCCGUUACUUGA